UGGUCCUAUAAAAACAAUAGGGCAGUGUGUGGGCGUGGUCUGCUCGCACACGUGGUAAUGUGUUGAAGGUGAGAGCAGAGGCCAGAGGCUGCACGUUUUGACUAGCUGUCCUCUUCUGAGCCUUUCUGGAGUAAAGGGCCAGCUUUUAAAGUUAGUAUUAUCAAGAAUAGCAAGAGAAGUGAUAAAGUGACCCAUAGGCUCAGUCGUCCAUCAUUCAACCGCUCCAUUUUCUAUCAUAACAGCUAAUGAACAAUCAUCCGUCUCGGCCCCCCGCGGCAAGCUCGGCUCCGGAGGAAUGGCCGCCGGAUUUCUCUGCACAACAUCAAUUUCAUUAUCAAUAUCAGAACUUACAGCAUGGACAACCAGAGACUAUCCCACUCCCAUCACAACAGCAACCUUCAGCAUAUAGUACAGACUUUAAUCUGGAUUCUUUCCUUGCAGCAGACCUCAAUGCGAUGUAUGCAGCUCAAGCUGCUGCUACUGCAGGUGGUCGCAGUCAAGAAUAUUUACAACCUCUCUCAGUUCCUCUCCAUUAUCAGGUGGGUCACUCUCAUCAUUCAAUUGAUUUAGAACAACAAAGACCUCACUCACAUUCAAUAGUAUCUUCUGGGCACUAUGUACCCCAGGUACCCAGUCGGCCAUUAUCAGAAGGAUUGCAUACUUCAAUAACUCCUCCUUUACGUCCUUCAUGCAGGUACCAGGUGCAUUAUGAUAGAGGAGAAGGAGCUUCAUUUCAACGUGCAGGAACUCAAACUGAACAGCACCAACAGCACCAGUUUAUAUCUCAUUGCCAACAGUAUCCACAGCAUCCAUUGAAUAUUCAUCAUCAUGAUCAUCAUCAUUGUUCUCAUGUCCAACCAGCAGCUCCUACUAACAAUCCUUGUCCACUGCAUCCAAAUAAUCAGCUGCAGCCUUUAUAUACAUCUCACCAACAUCCUCCAGUACCCCAGCAACAGUUAUCACAGCAACAGUUACCACAGCAACCAUUACCCCAGCAACAGUUACCCCAGCAACAGUUACCGCAGCAACCAGUACCCCAGCAACAACCUUCAUCUUCCAAUCAAGUAUUGCUCUAUCAUCAGCCUCCACCUGUUCAUUCGCAUUUAUUACCCCAGCAACAGUUGCCACAGCAACGGUUACCUCAGCAACAGUUACCACAGCAACCAUUAGUCCGUCGUCCAUUGCCCCAGUAUCACCAAUCUUUAGUACGACAGUCCGAGUACAUUCAACCCGUAAUGGCAAAACCAACUCAUAUCAUAUUCCCUCCAAUAAUCCAUGAGUUGCAGAAGAAGGAUAGCUCAGGGAGUAAGCAGGUUUUGAUACCAGUUCCUCUACCACGUACCAAUAAUGAUAACAACAGUAAAGACUCUCCUGAUCUUCCUACUGCUCCUAUUCCUACUCUCCCUCCCUCCUCCCUCCCCUCUCUCCCUUCCACUCCUUAUAUACCAGAGCCCAUUCUAUCACAGCCUCCUACUGCUCCCACUCCUGUUCCAGGCCCUAGUGGGUAUAAUCCCGAUUCUCCAGACUCACCGAUCCGAGCUUCAUGUCGCAAUGUGGACAUAGAAGGGAUAAGAAGACUGAGGCUAUUUGCUGAUAGGUUUAAAGAGAGUCGUAUUAGAUACGAAUACUCAAAGCAGCAUGUAGCACAACAGAUCAGUAUUCGGUAUAAUUUCGAAAUGACAGAGCAGCAACUGCAGCAGUUUGAGAGCAAGGCUCUCUCGUUUGAAGAGAUGUCGGCUAUGAAGACUCACUUGGAGAAAUGGCUAAUGGACACUCUUAGGAACAGAGGAAUAAACGAGACCGAGAUUAAACAGCUCAGUCAGUGGCUGACCAGUUUCCAUCAAAGAAGGAGGAGAAGGACAGCUAUACCAGUCCAGACUAAGAAGCAGCUUUUGAAAGAGUUUGAGAACAACCCCAAGCCGUCGGUGAAAGCUUUGAAGGCCUUAGCAGAGAAGCUUGGGAUUAGAUUUGAAGUGGUUCGAGUUUGGUUUUGUAACAAAAGAGCAAAGAAGAAGGCCGGGAAGGAUACUGGACCAGAGGAUGAUGAGGAAAUUGAGGAAGAAUUGGAUUCAGAUGAUGAAGGUAAUAGCGAUGUACAGUCAUCUCAAUGAUAGAAUGAUUAAUAGUGAUAUUACAAUUAUAAUGAUUAUUAUUAUUUUGAGAGGAUCAGUUUGACUGCAUGGUAAAACAGGUUUAUUAUUAUUAUUAUUAUUAUUAUUAUUAUUAUUAUUAUUAUUAUUAUUAUUAUUUGCCCCUUUUUCUCUUAGCAUUUAUUCAUCAAUAUAUUUACUCACCA